GGCAAGCCCUGGCGCGCUUUGGCCCCUUCGGCCGCCGUCUGCCGGCAGUUACUAUGGAAACCCAGCUGCCAUCGCUAUGUCUCUGCAAAAGACCCCUCCGACCCGGGUGUUCGUGGAACUGGUUCCCUGGGCUGAUCGAGGCCGGGAGAACAAUCUGACCUCAGGCGGAGUGACGCAACCGGGCCUCCACCACCCCAUCUCCUCAACACAAGCCCAAACUGCGACCCGCGAGGUGCACGUAAGCGGCACCGCAGAAGUGUCUGCGGGCCCGGAUCGGGCGCAGGUGGCGGUGCGAGUGAGCAGCACCAAGGAGGUGGCGGCCGAGGCCAAAAAGAGCGUUUGUCGCCGUCUAGAUUACAUCACGCAGAGCCUCCAGCAGCAGGGCGUGCAGGCAGAAAAUAUAACUGUGACAAAGGAUUUUAGGAGAGUGGAAAAUGCUUAUCACAUGGAAGCAGAGGUCUGCAUUACAUUUACUGAAUUUGGAAAAAUGCAAAAUAUAUGUAACUUUCUUGUUGAAAAGCUAGAUAGCUCUGUUGUCAUCAGCCCACCCCAGUUCUAUCAUACUCCAGGUUCUGUUGAGAGUCUUCGACGGCAAGCCUGUCUUGUUGCUGUUGAGAAUGCGUGGCGCAAAGCUCAAGAAGUCUGUAACCUUGUUGGCCAAACCUUAGGAAAACCUUUACUAAUCAAAGAAGAAGAAACAAAAGAAUGGGAAGGCCAAAUAGAUGAUCACCAGUCAUCCAGACUCUCAAGUUCAUUAACUGUACAACAAAAAAUCAAAAGUGCAACAAUACAUGCUGCUUCAAAAGUAUUUUUAACUUUUGAGAUAAAGGGGAAGGAGAAGAAAAGAAAGCACCUUUGAAAUUCCAA